AUCUAUACACACAGUACACUCAACCAGCAAUGACUACCGCUACCGUCACUAUUGGUGCCACCGCAGCUAGUAAUGUUUACAAGAUUGGUCAUGGCCUUAUGCUGAUGACAUGGGUCCCUACCCCUGUUCCAGACGAACAGUGUUUCGAGGCUAUGAAGGCUGGCAUGGACAAAUUACCUCCUGGGGUCAAGAUGGUCCUCAACAGUGCGGAAUUCUACGGUUUCAACCCUCCCGAGGCUAACCUGGAGCUCAUCGCUCGUUUCUUCGAGAAAUAUCCCGAGUACGCUGAAAAGGCGUUUCUGGUCGUCAAGGGAGGAGUGCAGGUAGUUGGUGGUAGGCCUUCUGUGAACUUGACUGCAGAUGGCCUGCGCACCUCUGCCGAGAACAUUGUUGCGAAGCUUCGCGGCACGCAUGUCGUCGAUGUCUUCGAGCCUGCGAGGAUGUCGCAAUCGGAGUUUCCCCUUGAAGAUGUGAUGCGCGCCUUGAAGACACUAAAGGAGGAGGGCAUGUUCAAGAAUGUAGGGUUGUCAGAAGUUGGGGCCGAGACGAUCAGAAGAGCAAGCAAGAUUGUUCCGAUUGCGACAUGCGAGAUCGAAGUUAGUUUGUGGAGCUAUGAAGAGGAGACCAAGCGUGUCAUAGCCGCUUGUAGGGAGAACAACGUCGCCAUUCUUGCUUACUCGCCUCUCGGCAGGGGUUUCUUAUCCGGCAAGUACACGAAGCCUGAAGAUCUCGAGGAUGGAGACUUUCGAAAGCGCUUUUCCCGCUUCACCAAUGAGGCGAUGAAGAAUAAUGCCGCAGUCGUCGACGCGCUCAAAGCCCUGGCGACCAAGAAAGGCUGUACGCCUGCUCAACUUUGUAUCGCCUGGGUUUCCUCUCUCGGCCAGCAUAUCAUUCCUAUUCCAGGUUCUUCGAAAGCGGAACGUACUCUUGAAAACGUCGCCGCUGGUAACACAGUCCUCACCGCAGCCGAGUUGAAGGAAAUUGACAAUAUUUUGGAAAAGUAUCCGGUGCAAGGGGGGAGAGCCGUCGACGGUAUGUCGGAGGCACUGCACCUCUGGGGCUGAGAUUUGAGUAGAGAAAGUCGCCGGGCGUUGGCAUGUAAUUUAUACUGUGGAUAUGCAGGAUGCAAGUGCAUUGUGAUGUUUCGUGAUGUUUCGGGACAGUCGAGCUCAAUACAUUUCAUUGUUAAUAGCCUUUGUUGC